AUGAUUCCUUUACCUCCUCCCUCAGUCCGGAGCAAUUUCAUCCGCCACAUUCAUCUCAGCGGCGUCACCCCCUUCCACAUUGCUCAAACUAUUCAAUCCACGCUCGUAUCCAGAUUGCUUGAAUACAAAAAAGAAACCUCAGCUCAGCAAGAUCCCGACCUCAAGCCUCCCGCGCCAAUCCCCACAGUCCUCACAUUCCAACCCACACCCGUUUACACCACCGGACGGCGCGAGCUGCAAACCCCCCUCUCAGAACCCCUCCUCAAAUCUCUCCGAGAGCCCUUGAUCCCCCUCUCAACCACCCAUCUCCUCAUCAUCCGCAAACCAUUCAGCAGCUCUUCCAAGAAAGAACAAAUAGCCGACGUGGUGCAAACCCCUCGCGGCGGCCUCAUCACAUUCCACGGUCCGGGCCAACUAGUCAUCUAUCCCAUCAUCGACUUACUCGCAUUCCGCAACCUCGGCGCAAAAUGCUACGUCAACCUCCUCGAAGAAUCUACCAUCCGACUUCUCCACACAAUGGGCCUGAAUAUUCUCGGACGAACCGAGAAUCCAGGAGUCUGGUUAAACGAAGGCGAGAAGAUCGCAAGUCUCGGUGUUCACUUACGAAGAAACGUAAGUAGUUACGGCGUAGGACUCAACAUGAUCAUGGAACGCGGCUGGUGGGAUCGCAUCACGGCCUGCGGGCUCAACGGCAAAAAAAUCGUCGGCAUCGAUGAACAACUAUCCGAUAUUGAAACGCGAGAUUUCGCAAACCAAGAAAACUGGCGCUCCUCAUACAAAGCCAUGUUAGAGAACGGAGCCGCGGUAGCCCAAACAUGGGUUGACGAAUUUGCCGCCGGAUUAGGACGACUCGACCGCGGCGAGAAGUGCGAGGAGAGUAAAACCACUAGUGAAAAGGAUAUCUUAUCUACAUCGGAAGAAACGACUAAACUGGGAAAUGUAAAUGGGACGCAUUGGACGGGGUGGGAAGAUAUGCCGGAAUCGGUUAAAAACUUAAUUCCGCUUGAUAUACGCGGAGGAAAUGAAUUGAAUAUCAGUACGGGAGGGGGAUAUGUGGAGUAUCGACGGUGGAAAGGAGAGUAG